AUUGUGAUUUUGUGUAUUUAUAGAGAUUUUUAAUCUUAUUUAGGAAGCUGUAUCACGGAUUGGAUAGAUAUGUUUUCUGUCUGCUUUCUUUCAAUAAGCUCUAUUUUUACUGCUUUAUAAAAAAAUAUUGCAAGCACAUUGCUCUAGGCAGUCAGAUUCCCUCUAGAAAGGACAUAAUUGUAUAUUAUCAAGCUUUCGAUACAUUGGGGAAUUAAGCUAGGUUUUUCUACACGGGGUUAAUCUAGGGUUUUGGUUGAGGUUUCUGUAUUUCUUUUCUCGAUUUUUCUUAAUUUUGUUGAUCAAUCGGUUCGUAUCAGCUUUGGAAUCAAUGUGAUGCCGCUAAAUCCGCGUGAAUUCUUUUGAAACAGAGUCAAGUUAGAAGUUCUAUUUCUCAAGGCCGACAUUAGUUUUUUCUUGUGAGAAUGGUGGAGACACUUUUUGAAGAUAUAUUUCGAAUUGAUGCGAUUGAUCCAGAUGGAAAAAAGUUUGAUCGGGUCUCUCGUAUUUCCGCUAGGAGUGAGCAGUUUGACAUGUUGAUGCACCUUGAUAUCAACACUGAGAUUUAUCCUAUGCGUGCUGGGGAGAAGUUCAUGAUGGUAUUAGCAUCCACUCUGAACUUGGACGGAACGCCCGAUUCUGGUUAUUACACUCCGGGUAACAAGAAGUCGCUUGCUGAUAAGUUCGACUAUGUCAUGCAAGGUAAACUGUACAGAAUCUCCGAGGAAUCUAGCGAGAAGCAAGUCAAAGCGGAUAUAUAUGUCUCGUUCGGUGGACUGCUUAUGAUGCUGAAGGGGGAUCCUUCCAUUGCCGCUAGAUUUGAGCUUGACCAGAGGCUGUUCAUUCUUAUUAGGAAGGUUUGAGUUAAAGAUGCUACUGGGCAUAGAAAUUUCAAAGUGAAAACUUGUUUAAUUAUAUUCUACUGGCUAACUCGUUCUCUGCGUUUGAAUUGAUGACAAUAUAUUGACAUAAUUGUCGACUACUAAGUUAGCAUUUUCAA